UUCUCUACUCAUCGUUAUCCUCUAUAAAUACCAAAAACGAUGAUCCAGAAACACAGAAUCGCAUCAUCACCGUCUCUGAUUUUGUUGUUAAUCUUUGUGAUAUCCAUAAUUUGUCAGAUCAAUAUGUCUGUAUCAGCUUCCGAUUCGUCCAAACCGGCCGUUCAGAUUGUGUAUACGGAGAGGCCGCAGGAUGAGGAGCCCGAGGCUUACCAUAUGCGAACCCUAGCCUCUGUCCUCGGCAGUGAGGAUGCUGCAAAGGAGGCUUUGGUGUAUAGUUAUAAAACUGCUGCGAGUGGUUUUUCCUGUAAGCUUACUCCUGAGCAAGUUGAUCAAAUGUCCAAACAACCAGGUGUUCUUCAAGUUGUCCCUAGCAAGACUGUUCAGCUGCAUUCGGGGCCUGCAAAGCUUCACUAAAAUGCAUGAAGUUCUCUCUAUAUGCGUACAAUAAAUACUUUGUCAAACAGUAUUUCCAUAUAUAAAAAGAAGUUUCUUAUGCUAUACUGCAAUGAUUUGCAUGCUAAGAAAGCUUUGGAUCUGAUCUAAAGUACAUGUAUACUUCUUUAACGUGUUCUUGAAUAAUCUUUAUUGCUUUGGAUCUAAUUUUCCGUGUGCUUUUACUAUGUAUUAAACAUGAUUAUGUGCCCGUUUUUUAGGGCUUCAAGUAUAAGUCUAGUCUGACUUUGGUUCGGGUUUUA